AUGAGUUUAAAAAAUUUGGCCGAGUUGGAGGCCACCCUUACCGAGAAGUCACCGUCGAAAAGUCCGAACCAUGCCGUCCUUACACAGUUAACGCGCCGUGCCGCCAUCACGCAAAUAGUGACUGCCGUGGUGGCCAACAUAACAAUCAUCUCGUCCGGCAUGGGCAUCGGGUUUCCUUCCAUUGCCAUGAUUGAGCUGACGAAUUCCACUACCUCGGUGGUGUUGACGGAAUCCAACGCAACGUGGUUCGCGUCCAUCACAUCGAUUAUGUGCCCGUUCGGUGGCCUGCUUUCCGGCUAUCUGUUGGAUAAGGUCGGCCGCAAGAAAACGCUCUACUUUAUCAACAUCAUAUCGAUCGUUUCCUGGGCAAUCAUGUCUUUCGCGAGCCGUACCGAUAGCACCACGCUCUUCAUCGAGCUAAUCGUGGCGCGUAUAAUAAUAGGCAUUGCGAUAGGCUUAUCGAGCACCCCAGCAUCGGUCUAUGCGGCCGAGGUUGCCCAUCCAAAUCUACGCGGGCGCCUUACGUUGCUGACCGCUUUCUGUACCGCUAUCGGCAUGCUUAGUAUCUAUACGCUCGGCUAUGUGUUCAAGAACGACUGGCGGUUCGUGUGUAUGAUUUGCGGCGUGUUUACCGUCGUAUCGCUGUUGACGGUGAUUCCGUUGCCCGAGUCACCUAGUUGGCUCGUGAGUAAAAAGCGUCUACCCAAGGCGGAACGCUGCCUCAAGGUGGUGCGAGCUAUCAAGGAAGAUGAUCAUCCGGAAAUUCGGGCCGAGUUGGACGCACUGGAACAGAACAUCGCACGUUUCCGUUCGACUCAGGAUGGCAAAAAAUCCAAACUGGAUCAGCUGAAAAAGCCCGAAGUGUACAAACCGCUCGCGAUCAUGUGCACGUUCUUCUUUUUCCAACAGUUUACCGGUAUCUUCGUGAUCAUCGUCUAUGCCGCAAGCUUCUCGAUCGAGGCAGGCGUUGCUAUUGAUCCAUUCCUAAGCGCUGUGUUUGUGGGAUUGACGCGCGUUGUAACGACGGUGCUGAUGUCGUUCAUUUCCGAUAAAUUUGGCCGCCGUCCGCCUGCACUGUUUUCCGGGUUCGGUAUGGCGUCCUGCAUGUUUGGUUUGGCCGUUUGCGCCAUUCAUCCGGUUAAGGGUACUUCGCUUUCCUGGAUCCCAACCGUACUGCUAGUAGCUUUUAUCUUCACGGCUACACUUGGCUUCUUAACACUUCCCUUCUCAAUGAACGCCGAAGUAUACCCGACCAAAAUCCGUGGCUUUGCGUCCGGAUUAACCAUCUUCUUCGGUUACACCAUGUCGUUUAUCAUUCUCAAAAUAUAUCCCUCGAUGGUGGAAACCAUCGGGAACUCGAACGUAUUCAUCCUGUUCGGCUGCCUGUCAAUGUUGGGGAUCGUGUUCGUGUACUUCUUCCUACCGGAAACGAAGGGCCGCACGCUGGAAGAUAUAGAAAAUCAUUUCCGUGGUAACAAGUCCUCGGACAAGCAGGACGUCGAAAUGAAGACAAUGUUAGCGAAACAACAACGGCGAUCAUCGUACCCAGGCACUAACACCCAGUAA